UUAGUUUAACCAAGUCGGUCUUAUGCAACGGUUCUAAAAAAAUAUAUAUAAAUUCAAUCGCUUCGCGAUGUUCGUGAAAUUAUUAACAUGUGCUGUGUUUUUCGCGCUUCUUUUCAAAAAUUCAAACACCGCUCAUGUAAGAGUUAAACGCAUAGUUGGCGGUAAGGUAGCUCCACCACCUACCCCCGAUGAUCCGGUUGUAUUUAGUCGAAAGUAUAAUCGGGCUGCUCGCGUUGAAGGUUUUCGCAAUCCUGACACUGGAAUUUAUUCAUUUCUUGGAAUACGUUUCGCCGAUCCUCCAAUCGGAACAAACCGAUUUACCCGACCGCGAUAUCGUCGAUUACAAGGUGACAUCAAUGCAACAGCUUUUGGACCUCCUUGUCCACAACCACAUCCGCGAAAUCCAAAUUAUGUAGUUGGAAAUGAAGAUUGUCUGCUGCUUAAUAUCUACACUCCACAAAUGCCUGACGAAACUACCGGUCUUCCGGUGUAUUUGUGGAUUCAUCCGGGAGGUUUUCGUUAUGGUUCCGCCGCUCAGUAUGACGCAAUGCCUGUGGCUCAAGAAAAAGUCAUAUUUGUUCCGGUUCAAUAUAGACUAGGAACAUUGGGAAUUAUUGGAGAUGGUACGAAGGAAUUCGAUGGAAAUUUGGCAAUGUUCGAUAUGACUGCUGCCUUGAGAUGGGUCACAGAGUAUAUUUCGUUUUUUGGUGGAGAUCCAAAGCAGAUUAAAGUCAUCGGACAUGGUUCGGGAGCAACUAGUGCAAUGUAUUUGUCAAUGUCUAAAUUGCCAAAAAGUGGUUCAAUAAGUGGAGUUGUUGCGAUGUCUGGGUCUGCUUUGUCGGAAUAUGCUCAUGAUGAUGAACCAGUUCAGUCGGCGGAGGAAAUUGCUCGUAUAAAUGGAUGCACAACAACAAAUGAAACUGAAAUUGUGGAAUGUCUUAGAAGUAAAAGUUUCGAGGAAAUUGUUAAGAAGGAUUCCGAAGUCCAAACGGAACGUCUUUACGGACGUGCAAUGAUCAAAGGACUAUCCGGAAGUGUUGGCUUCAGUCCCCACGUUGAGCAAAAUGACGAUAAUAGAGGUCUUCCAGGUCUUAUCACAGCUCAACCAAGAGAUUCCAUGGCAAAUGGAAAUUUUUCCAAUAUCCCACUUUUGAUUGGUGUAGCCAAACAAGAAACUGGAAAUGCAAUUACGCCAAAAAUUAUCAACGAUGGUUGGGGAUCCGCUAAUGAUCUUUUAAAUUCACUUCUAGAACCAUUACAAGGUUUAAAAGGUUUCCUACGAGUUGAUAACAUAACUGGAAUUGUUACAAAUACGGUAUUACCAGGAGUGCAAGGACUAACUUUAGGCUUAAAUGAUGUUUUAAAAGUUCCAGAAUCAUUAAAUGCCUUACAAAUUCUAACAAAGGUGAUUGAUUCGACAACUGACGCUUUGUUCAAUUUACCAGCAGUUUUGACUGCUCAAAACUGGGGAAAAACUGCAUCAGCAUUUCUCUACAGCUUUGAGUACAAAGGAUCAACUUCGAAAGGUGUCAAUUUCUUACGUGGUCUUCCAAUAGUUUCUGCCGAUGAACCUGACAAAGAAGAUGACUAUGUAGCCCACGGAGAUGAAUUGGGCUACAUGUUUGAUGUGAAUGAUAUUGAAGGAAAUCCACUGCCUGAAACACGCCUAACCAAACCAGAAGAUCUUAAAGUUCGAAAGAAUCUAAUUUCACUGUUAGUUAAUUUUGCCAAACCGAAGAAUGCCGAUGGUAACUUAAAGAGCCUCUUUAAGAGCGUUUCGUCAAGUGGCGAAGGAAUGCCUUUUAUAAAAAUUGACUCAGAUUUGGAAUUUUCAAGUGAUUUUCGAGCUUGUGAACUAUUACUUUGGGGAGCUAAGUUAUCUCCAACACCAGCAACUUCUUGUCAAGGCUUUGCUGAUUCACUGGGAGCUGUGACGGGUAUUGUGAACAAUGUUACCAAUGUCUUGACGAAUACCUUAGGCUUGGGCUCCGAUACCAACACGAAUCCCCUUUCAAAUGUUCUAAACUUAGGUGGAAAUAGUGGCAGCGAUAACAGGAACAAUGCGAACAAUCAACAGAAUAGACCAACUGGUGGAAAUAGUGGCAACAGAAAUACUGCUAAUAGUCAGCAGCAACCUUCACUUCUUGGAUUGAAUUUAGGUGGAAACAAUAGCAACAAAAAUAAUGAAAAUAGUCAAGAAAAACCUUCCGGUCUUGGAGGUUUGUUUGGUUAACGAAAAAAUGAAAAAAAAUCUACAACUGUUUGAAAAA